AGUUCUUCUGCAAUUAUUUGAUAAACGAUGAAGGUUCUGUUAUUGAAGGACCCCAAAGACAAAGAGUCGGGACCAGAUCCAUAUGUGAAAGAAUUAGGAUUGUGUGGAUUUGAAGCAACUUUGAUUCCAGUUUUGUCAUUUGAAUUUGUAUCUCUUGAAGACUUGUUUGAAAAGCUUUCUCAUCCAGAGCGUUACGGGGGCCUCGUUUUUACCAGUCCAAGAGCAUUAGAAGCCAUCAAGAUAUGUUUAAGAGAGAAGAGUAAAAAUGAAGCAUGGUCAAAAUCUCUUAAACAACAGUGGAAUACCAAACCAACAUACGUGGUAGGAAAGGCUACAGCUUCUCUUGUGGAAGAAAUUGGCCUUUCUCCACAAGGAGAAAAGAGUGGAAAUGCUGAAAAAUUGGCUGAAUAUAUUUGUUCAAGAGAGAAACCUCAUUCAUCAUCUCUUCUUUUUCCUUGCGGAGCCCUGAAAAGAGAAGUACUUCCUACAGCGCUUAAAGAAAAAGGCAUACCGCUGGAGAGCCUGACUGUGUACCAGACUGCCCAACACGAGCAUCUCCAGCAGUCACUGAGCAGCUAUUUCUCACAGCAGGGAAUUCCAGCCAGCAUCGUGUUCUUCAGUCCAUCUGGUGUCAAGUUUUGCCUCCAGCACAUUCAGAAGCUUUCUGGUGAUUCUGCCAACCAAAUAAAGUUUGCUGCUAUCGGUCCAACAACUGCUGAAGCCAUGGAAGCAGCAGGAAUCCCAGUAAGCUGCACUGCAGAGAGUCCCACUCCUCAAGACCUCGCUGCUGGGAUCCAAAAAGCACUUCGCCCACAGAACUGCAUUUUAUCUGAGUGAGAGCACAGCACGUGUUUGAGGCUGAGUGGUUCUCUAUAGAAGGCUUUUUCAUUUUGCAGACUUGUUGUCCUUCAAUGAAGUAUUGUCUGGGAAUACACAAUGCUGUCCUGGCAGUAGCUUGUGGGAGCUGCUAACAUGGAUCUCAGAAAUCUAGAAUUUGUCUAGCAUGUCCUGAAGCCCCUUUUUCUGAUGUGUGCAGUGUAAAUAUACUACCUGUGCACUCCCAGGAAACAAACUGAGAGGCUACACUGCAUCAGAGUAAUAUAUUGACAUUUUGUGUUCCAUGUUCACCUCAGGUAUCUCCUAGUGCACAGGGUGAGGUUUCCACAUCUCUGUGUGGUCAGUUUUUCCAUGCACAUCUUCUGUUGUAAAAGAAGAUCGUACUUAUGUUGAAGUAUUUUCUGUUGCAAAGCUCAUUCAUUGUUCUCCUUCUGAAAUGUUUAUAUUAAGAGGAUGAUUGUAGAUUCUCAGUGGAGUAGGAUAAUUCUUGUACUGUUGCACUGAGUGAAGCUAACAGGAGGUCAGUUAUUGACACAUCCUUGCACUAUGGAGUCUUAAAAAAUAGGUUUUCAUUUCUAUUUCUGUAAAGAAGGAUUUGUAAACAGAGAAAUAAACUGGCUUAUUAAUAAUGGUGUUAGAGUUGUCU